AUGGCUUCUUCUCAACAAGCACAGUCCCCGCCACUAGAGCCAUCAGCAUUAACUCGACUCAUUGCCUCCGCCUCCGGAAACCCCCUCGCCGCAACCACAAUCCAAAUCCUCCACAAUCUCCAACACCAGCAUCUCUGGACAUCUCUUGAAAUCCACGACAUUUCCGAAACCUCAAUCGCCUCUGAUGCGCCACCAACCCUGAUCUCAGGUAUUCCGCCGCACCGGGUAUACACGCACCCCGAUGAGCAGCUCUACAUGCUGGAGAAGGGCAUUGCGGAGGAUGAUCUUCGACCGGAGAGGUUAUUCGUGAUUCCUACGGCGCAGGGACAAUCUUGGAGUUUGCGCCGGAUGGCUGCAGCUUUUGAUUCCUUGGCAAUUCUUGAACUUUCGGAGAGCGAGGAAGCAUUGUCGAGUGGGGAGUCUGUGGAUCCUGAAAAGGCACAGAAACUUGAUGAAUAUUAUGAGAGGAAGGCGAACGCGAGGGAAACGAAAGAAUGGGGAACGAGGAGAGCUCUGCUGGCAAUGACGAAUAGGGGGAUGGGUGGUGAGGGGACGGUCGUUUACUAUGUUGUCCAGGAAGGAGAGGUCAAGCCACGGCAAAACUGA